UCUAUGCCAAACUUGGCAUCCCGGAACUUGCAGUCUUAACAGAGAGCGGCCAACUAUAAGCAACCGUCUUGGAUUCGCUUUUUAUCUACCAAUUUUACGUCAGUUACUGCGAGAAGAAGAAGCAAGCAAGAUUUAAUCUGCAAUUUGCGUUGCGUACUGCCACUAAUUCUAUAUAUCGACGAUUGGGGAACCACGAGAUAGUUGCACGACUUUUCCAACGGUCCUCUUAUCAUCACCACCAGGAUUAUUUUGCAGCUUACGAAACACCCCGCCUUCUCGUCUUCUACCCCUCUACGCCGCAUAUUGGGAGCAAAGACCCCAAACUAGGCUGGCAAACUAAGCAAGCCCUCGGACUACUUAUUCUAUUUAGAUAGUGGGUUCUGGCCUGCGUUGAUCGCUAGGGCCAAUAGCGCAUACAGUCCCAAUGCAUCACACCCGUCGCAAAUCCGGACAUGCCUCGACCAACAGCUCGACGACGGACGUGCGAAAAGCCGUCACUACCUCAGAUCUCUCGAAACCCAGGAGGCCACAAACCCUGACCAGGAAAUCAACACCUCAGACGGUGCAAAAGCUGGGUAAAAAUCCCAGGGAUCGCGAGAGGGAAUGGGAAGAGGAGCGGUUUUUCGACGACGAACGGGAAAGCUUCCCUCAAUUUUGUAUGACUUGCGAAAAGCAAUUCACCCCGCAGGACGAGAAAUUCUUGUAUUGCUCUGAGGCGUGUCGCGAACGUGACCAAAUUGCGAGUGUAAGAGCAUCAUCAUCCCACCAUGCGAGUAGGGGACAUGACGGCUUCGGAGCCAACAUGCCGUAUUACAUGACGGGCAAUUCGGAACCCCGAGACAUCAUUCCACGCGCCUCACCGUCCCGUUGGUCCCCUCCCACUUCGCCAACCAGCAGCCAAUACACCAGUGCCGUCUCAGCCUUAAGGUCAUUAAGUAUCAGGCCGGUGAGCCCAACUUCACCGGUAGGAGGAAAUGCGAUAUGGCCCUUCACCCGCAGCGCUGUUACCAGUCCUAGCACGUCGUACACGAAAUCGAGCAACAACUUUUAUUCGUCGACGUACGAUAACGGUUACGCGGUAACGGGUUACGGAUAUGGCCAAGGUGCCACCACCUCCGAGCGACCGCUACCCACGAGGAAACCGGGGGGUUACUCUCGACCUAAGAGCAUCGAGCUUGUUACGCCGAUAGUAGGCCGCUGAACGGUGGCCAUUUCCAGAAACCAGUUUUGGAUCCUCGCCAUAGUGCUGACGUGAGACUCGGAGAGUUUUAUUUUACGCGCGCCGACCGAUUUUCCCACGU